AUGCCAUCAGGGUCCGAGUCUAUACGCGCCGGGCCUUUGGUUCAAGCAUUGGUUGUCUUUUUUGUCAAGGUGCGAGAUCAGAAAUAUGUUCGACGAUUGUGGAAGCCUUCCCCCGGUAUUAUGUCGGCAUCGAACUUGUGCAUCAAGGUCAAACCGUAUGACAACAUGGCUGAGGCCCACACCAUGCAAUUUAUAGCACAGCAAACCUCAAUCCCUGUGCCAAAAGUCAUUUGCGCUUUUACUCACAAAGGCAAAACCUACAUCGUCAUGAGCAAGAUAGAUGGGCAAAUGAUAGGGCGUGGGUGGAAUAACCGGCCUGAGAAAUCGAAGCGCCGGAUCUUGGAGCAACUUCAAGCCAUGGUCGCCGAACUCCGCGGCAUCCCUCCUCCCGACGGCACCGGAGUUGGUAAUGUCAACGGAGGCCCCUUCUGCGACUGUCGCCUACCCUCCAAACUUCAUUGGGGUCCAUAUACAUCGGUUCGCGAUUUUCAUGAAGCACUCGCAAACGGCGCAAACAUGGAUCUGGAAUACGAGAACCUGCCUGAAGGGAUGCCGGAGCUUUUUCGAUUUUAUCGACAAUCGAGCAAUGUUUUGGUUUUUUCGCAUGGUGACCUUAGUAGUUUAAAUAUCCUCGCUCGAGGUGAUGAACUCGUUGGCAUCAUUGACUGGGAGACGGCAGGAUGGUUUCCCCCGUAUUGGGAGUAUACUUGCGCCAAGUAUGCAAACCCGCAAAAUGCUUUCUGGGCAGAUGAGGUAGACCAUUUCUUGCCAGCUAUGCCUUAUGAGCUCAAGAUGGAGAAUAUUAGACGCCAAUAUUUUGGCGCUUUCUGA